AUGGAAAAUGUUAAAUAUGCUUAUUUUGUCUUGGUACUCCUUAUCUACCUGUCCAUAAUUUCUAUUAAUUUAACACUUAUUUUAGUUAUAUUGCUGGAAAGAAACUUGCACGAGCCCAUGUACGUGUUUCUGUGUGGACUAUCUGUUAAUUCCCUGUACGGAACUGCUGGCUUCUUCCCAAGAUUUUUGGCUGAUCUCCUGUCAGACACUCACACCAUCACCCGAGCUGCAUGCUUCACUCAAGCAUUCAUCAUCUACAGCUAUGCAGGCGCCGAAUUUACCUUUAUAACCGUAAUGGCUUACGACAGGUAUGUAGCUAUAUGCAAACCUUUGCAGUACAACAGCAUCAUGGGGCCUCGGACUGUAUUGAUCCUUGUAAUGGCUGCGUUGCUUUAUCCCCUCAGCUACAUGGUUGUAGCUGUCUCCUGCUCUGCCAGGAAGGCUUUUUGUGGGCAUGAAAUCAACAGACUGUAUUGUGCUAACUGGUCACUCAUACGGCUGUCCUGUGAUGCAAAUGCCCUGAAGGAUGUGUUUGGGAUUUGCUUCACAGCCUUCACAGUGUUUCUGCCCUGCUGUUUUAUUCUGUAUUCCUACAUAAGAAUACUCCUGAUCUGUCAAAAACGUUCUAGCGAAUUUAAGAGCAAAGCUCUGAAGACUUGCCUCCCUCACUUACUUACAUUUGUCAACUAUUCAAUAACUAUCAUUUCUGAGAUAAUUCUGAUCCGCUUAGACUCUGUGCCUCGUGCCGUGGCUGUUAUCUUGUCUUUAGAGUUUUUAAUCAUACCACCUAUCUUGAAUCCCCUCAUGUAUGGACUGAAUCUUCCAGAGAUAAGGAGAAGAAUAAUCUUUAUUAGAAAAAAUAAAAUGAGGAUGAAUGUUACUUUACCAUACUCUGUAAGGUAUUAG